AUGUCGGCCACGGCCGGCCGCGGGCUCGCCGAGCUGCCGUGUGACGUGGACCCGGCCUCGGGUCGAGACGUCAUGCACCUGGUGCUGUGGUACAAGGCCGGCUCAGGAGCGCCCUUCUACAGCUACGACACGCGCGGCGGGAGGACCUCCCAGGGCACUCACUGGGCGAGCGAGGACUCGCUCGGCGAGCGGUCCCGGCUCGACCCCCGGCCAGGGGCGUACCGACUGAUGAUCAGCAGCGUCAGUGAACGCGACGCCGGCCUGUACCGGUGCCGCGCCGACUUCAAGGCGUCUCCCACGCUCAACGCGCGGGUCAACUUGACAGUGAUAGGUGCUCCGGCCCCCAACGUGACCUGGUGGCUGGCGGGCGCCCUGGUGGACGACACCUGGAGCCACAACGGCGACCUCACCAGCAACACACUGCAGGUGACCCAGCUGCAGCGCUCCAACCUCGGCCAGCUGUACACCUGCCUGGCCAGCAACAGCCUACUGCUGCCGCCGCGCUCAGUCUCCGUGGGACUGGACAUCACCUGUGAGUGCUUCUGGGGUUUGAGGGUGUCACCUGUGGGUGUCUCCCGGAUGUGGGUGUGUCACCUGUGA